CAUUGCCCACAAUGCAACUCAAAGGGCUCAGAGAUUCUGAUGUUUUGGUUUUAUGAUAGUAGCAUUUAAUUGUGCCCGGAGCCGCUACCUGCAAGGAGAAAUCAUGGACUUAUUAUUAACGGGAGAGAUAAGGAGCGGCUAGGCCUACAGGCUAGAAAGGUCUGGUAACUGACGAAGACACGAACAACAUAGACACUAUCAGGGUCAACACAGGUAGAGCACUCAGUAACUCUGCAGGCCACACUUAGCUGGUGUCCUUUGGGAAACUAACACACAUGACGGCUCCCUGUGGUCAACCCCUAUAAACACAUGAGAGGGAAGGAACACAGAGAAACCAUGAAAAAGAUAUACAUUGGCAAAACCGCCUUAAAAGUCCCCCGAAAUGGCGGCAAACAUCCUAAAAAGAGCUCAUUGCUGGAGCAAAAGGAGGAUUUACGGAAGAGGCUUUCCUACACGACACACAAGCUGGAGCUGCUGCAGAGUGAGUUUGACUCCACGCGGCAGUACCUGGAGACGGAGCUGCGGCGAGCACAGGAGGAGCUGGACAAGUUUACUGAUAAACUGCGCAGAAUACAAAGCAGCUACUCAGCACUGCAGAGGAUCAACCAAGAUCUGGAAGAAAAGAUCCACAGAAAUUCUCAGCACCACGACGAUGAGAAGCGAGCCCUGAGCAGAGAGAUCAUCGUUCUCAACAACCACCUGAUGGAGGCAAAACUCACCAUUGAUAAGCUACGAGAAGACAAUGACGUGUACAGGAAGGACUGUAACCUGGCUGCUCAGCUUCUCCAGUGCAACAAAUCUCUUUACAGGGCGCAGCUCUCCGAGCUGCCUGCUGAUUUUCAGGAGCGACUGACCAUGCACAUGGAGGAGGGUCCUCUCUGUCACACCUACUCCGACUCUGUCCCGGCCUCUCUCAUUGGCAAAGUGCUCGAAAAGCCAGACGAGGCCUGCAGCAGCAGCCAGGCCUCCCGCUCCCCCAGCCCCCAAACUCAGGACCAUGCUUUUAUCUUGGAGAGCUUGGGACUGGGAGAGCGGCUGGGGCUGCGCGCAGCCUACAAAUCCGACCUGUACAGUAGUGACACGGCCCUGUACUGCCCUGAAGACCGGCACCGCGAGCGGAGGCCUAGCAUGGACCUCCACGGUCAGAGGAAGCUGCUAUACGGGCCCCAAAACUCCACCGACAGCAACCCAGAGGAGGGCUCGGUGGGGUUGAGGGCUGGCUUCUCCCAAGAGCACUUUGCUAAGUUCCCUGCCGCACUGGGUGCAGGCUCCAGCUCCUACUCCAGCUUCAGCGGAGGGGGCUCUGAAGACAAAGGCAACGGCCCGCCCAGCAGUGCAGCAUCCUCCCCGCACCACCAUUCCCUCUACAUGGAAUGGAGAGAUGCAGGGGACUAUGAGAGAAAGAGUGACUCAUCCUGGGAGAGAGACAGUCCAAGAGGCUUUGCCAACGCUCAUCCCUUCCAGCAGACGGAGCUGAGCCACCACCAGAACGGCAGCUCGCCCGUCUACAGCCGCACCAUGUCCUCCUGUUUCAGCGAGCCCUAUGAGCCGCUCCCUCCCUCUUCAUCCCCAAGUGUUGCCUACGGAGACAGUCGUCGAGGCAGCACAUUAGCCCCCGAGGAAGAGGAGCUGAUUGGCCGAUGGAGACAACUUAGUGUGGAGGACUUAAGUGCCCACACCUACCGCAGCCCAGGCCGGGCUUCACCUUACAGCUUCUCAGAGCAGCACUUCUCCGUCCGGCCUUCCAAGAUCCGACUUGGCCCGCUCUACAGCAGCUUCCAGGAGGGCGCUGAUUAUUACCAUCACGGAGCAGGUGUCAUGGACCCUGCCAUGGACCCAGUGUGGGUAGGAACCAGCCCCAGCCCCGAAUGCAGCCCAGGGCUGCGGCAGGCGCAUAGCCAAGCCCACCUUUACCGGGCCGAGGACAGCCAGGGGUCGGAGCACAGCCUCUACCACUCAGGGAGCUCCAAAGAAAGGGAGGGUAACAUGGCAGCUGGCGGCCAGAGCACAGAUUAUGUAGACCCCAGUCCUAACAGCUCCACCGAGUCUCUGAACCAGAGGUCCUUGGAGAUGGCUGCAGAACUGCAGCACUACCAAGUGGAAAUGCACAACCUGCCUGCACAGCAGGCGAGCCAGUCACCACCACCCGUCCCACCACCUCCUCCUCCGUACAACCAAAAAUUUGGCUCCCUGGGACUUUCCAGAAAAGACAGUCUGACCAAGGCCCAACUUUAUGGAACACUUCUGAACUGAAGGGCUUUUCCAUCAGGUUUAUUCUUUGAUAGGACACUAGAGGCAAGGCCCUGGUAUGUCCAGCUACACCCUUCUGUUGCGACGAUCAUUUUAAUAGAAAAUGGUUUAAAUAGCAGCAAGGGGCAAAAUAAUUCAGUAUCAUGAACAUGGAACUAUUGCUGAUUAUUUAAAAGCUUUGAUCGUAUGGCAGUGGAUGGCAACAGUUUACACUACAGUUGCCCUGAACAAGUAAGUCACGUUGUAAGAGUUGGAUGUGGGGCAGUGGGAGGAGAGGAGCUCAAGCGGCCCAUAACAUUUCUAAGAAUGUGUAUGUAUUUAAAUUAAUUAUAUACUUGUAACUAAAGUUUGAGUCAUAUAUUUUGAAUCUAGUUGUCAGCGAGAAAUACAUCCAAAACAAUCAGACAAAAUGCAAAUCUUCUAAAAACUUGUAUAUAAAUUAAAAACCAAUCCUAUAUUCGAAAACUCAGAGAGGUAUUUUAAUUGAGAAUUGACGCCUGUAUAAACUGCACAUAAAUUCAGUCAUUAUUUUUAAUGGACUGAAACGGUGUUGGCCUUGUGAGGAUUUAAAUGUGAAUGUUGAACAUUGGAAGACAACAAAAUCAAUUUAUCACUUAAAUGAGAAAUGUUUUUCUUCCGUUGAUUGAAUUUGACAGUAUCGGUGGGUAUGUUAUAAUUGUUUUUGAUGGAACGUUUUGAGAUCUGUCUUAGCAGUCAGUAUUUACUCUAUUUUUGCUCUUCUAUAUCCCAUGGAGAGGUUUUCCUUCCCCCCAUUCUACCUCAGUUUUGGAUGCCCACACCCCAUCAAGCCACUGUAAUCCUGUUUUUUUGACGACAAUGCAUGUUUAUAUAUUUUGGUUGUUUUGUUCAGCUAA